AUGCCCACACGCCGCCCCUCCAACACAGAGCGGUGGCAAGCCAUCACCACCCGCGAUGCCACCGUGAACACCUUCGUCUACGCCGUCCUCACCACCAAAAUAUACUGUCGCCCAUCCUGCCCAGCACGAUUAGCGCGCCGUGCGAACGUCCAAUUCUACGAUACCCCGACGCAAGCCGAGAAAGCAGGGUUCCGAGCCUGUAAGCGCUGCCGACCGCAUUCGGGCACGGCGGCUCAAAGCAACCCCCAACUCGCCGUAGUCGAACGAGCCUGCGAGAGCAUCCGGAACAGUUUGGCAGCAGGGCUGAAACCAACCCUAGGUGUUUUGGCAACGCAAGCUGGUCUGACACCCAGUCAUUUCCAUCGUGUCUUCAAGAAGCAUGUCGGCGUCACGCCCGGUCAGUACAUAGGCAGUCUGGGGCAGAGUAACCUGUGUUCGAUUGAAUCGCCAGGUACAGAUACAGGGGAUGUGGAGGUCCUGCAAUUACCACCAUCUGGUUCUGGGCAUGCGAACGGUGGGACUCUAGAUUUACUAGACGGGGCUGGGGGGAAAGGGGGCGAGUUGGAGUGCUUGGAUGGCUGGAAUGAUUUUGAUGCCUUGCUUGCGCUUGAGAGUCAAAUUUGGGUGCCUGAAGGGUCGAUUGAUCCGCGUAUUCUUCUGCCUUCUGAUUGA